ACACUUAUUAUUUUUUAUUCAAAUCGUUGGCUAUGUCGCUCUUCAAGGGAGAUGCUAAAUGCAUUUUGUUGUCUCUGUACUGUACACUGACAAUGACAAUUAAAAUUGAAUCUGAAUCUGGAUCAGACAGCAUAUCUGGAGAACAUGCAUAGUGCUGGCGUAAGUCAAUGGGUCAGGCAGCAUCUCUGGCGAACAUGCAUAGUGCUGGAAUACCCCAGCUGGUCAGGCAGCAUGUCUGGAGAAUAUGCUUAGUGCUAGAGUAUCCCAGCGGAUCAGAGGUGUAGUCUACGUGAUACGCAGGUAUACGCCGUAUACCCACUAAGAAAGCUCCAGCAUUUCCGUAUGCCCACUUAGAAAUGCGCAAUGACACGUAUCAACUUCGAUAGUGACAGAAGUUCUGUUUAUUUUAUGAAUGAAAGUAUGACGGUUCUGUCACAGAACCGUCAUACUUUCAUUCAUAAAUUCAACCUGUGCGCUGUGUCUCUGUCAGAGUCGCACUUUUCCUUGUCGGAAGUCGGAAAGUCCCGAGUACAAUGGAACGCAGCAUUAUAAUAGCCAUACAGAGGCUUCCGUCCAUGGCCCGUGCCCGUGACCGUGGUGACCGCCCGUGACCUAGACCUGACGUCACGUCACCUAGACGACAGCGAUAUCAACUCAGUCGGCGCCGAGGUGAUGUCCAGCGGCUCAACAGUAAAUAUGAAGCGGAAGCAACAAACUACCCUUAGCCAUUUAAAAAAACAAAACAAGCCUGCUGCUGCCUCGAACGACACUCUAGCAGUCACUAGGACGUUAGAUGAAGAAGAGGGAACUACAGCGGAGCCUGAUGCCAGCAGUGUAUCGGAUGAUAACUCCUGGCCAGCCCUAUGGACUGAGAGUCAGGCUAGGGAGUUUAAAAGCAGGCAUUCUUGGUUAGAAUGGAAGGACAGAAAGUUAGGUAAAUAUCAGCCAACUUGUAAAGCUGCUAUAAACACAUGAAGUCAACUUUAUGCAAAUGAGAGUAUAGCUGGUUUAUUUUCAUCUUAAAGAUACAUUAAUUUCACUGGUGUGGCAACCAGGCUGACUGCAAGGUACCCUAACCUCUUCACAUGACACUGUAUGAACCACCGUCUAGAACUGGCUGUAAAUGAUGCUGUGGAUGAGGUUCAGGCAGUCAACCACUUCAAAGUUUUCAUGGACAAACUCCACAAUCUCUACAGUCAGUCCAAUAAAAAUUCACGGGAACUUAUGGAAGCAGCACAAGAAGUGGGCUCACAAGUCCUGAAGAUUGGCAGAGUUUUAAACACCCGAUGGGUUGCCAGCAGUUUCCGUUCUGUAAAGGCUGUGUGGAGGUCAUACGAAGCACUUAACAGACACUUUGAGAAUGCUGCAGGAGAUCAAACAAGAAACGGCAAAGAGAGGCAAACCUACAGAGGCCUGGCACGUCAUAUGCAAAGCAAGGAAUUUCUUUGUGACCUUGGACAUGUAUGAUGCACUAUCUGAACUUUCAAACCUGUCCCAGCAAUUACAGGCCCAUUCAAUCACACUUUUAAGAGCAGUACUGCUGUUGAAGCGCACCAUCCGAGUGCUGGCAUCAUUUAAAGAUUCUCCAGGAGAGAAAUUGGAGGAAGCAUUGAAAGCACAGGCUUUGGGACAGUUUGGAUCAGUGUCCCUGGAGUCAAAUGCUAAGCUCAUGCCGAUCAAUACAAAGCAGUUCCUACAAAGUCUGAUCAACAACAUGGAGAAGCGGCUCUCAUUUAAGGAUGAAAUUCUUCAUGAUCUCAGCAUUCUGGAUUCAAGCACCUGGCCAUCAAUACCUGGCAUACGGCACGGUGAGUCACAGGUAAAACGACUGUGCAGGCGAUUCAAUCUUUGUCAAGAACAAGCUGUCAAUGGAAUGAGAGAUUUCAUUGAGCACCCAGAGAGUGAAACUGAAUGCCUCAAACCACUCAUCCACUGCAUGCAUACCAUCCCUUGCAGCACUGCAGAGUGUGAAAGGGGCUUCAGUCUGAUGAAUAUUGUGUACACAGACCAAAGAUCUAGAAUGUUGUUGUCUAGUGUCAGCAAUUUGAUGAUGAUCAGCAUCAAUAAGCAUCCUUUUUGAGCCAAGCAAAUAUGUAUCAACAUGGUUACGAAGCCAUCGCUCUGCCACGCAAGCAAGAAGGCAGAGCACACCUCACAUGCCUGAGUACAAGCAAAUUUGGAAAGUUUUGUAAACUAGCAGGCUACUACAUUUAAAGUGAAAAACAAUUGUUGACAAAAUACCUUUUAGUGGAAUACAAACACUUUCCCAUACCUGCUACAGUAGCAAGUAUGGAAAAAUGUUUGUAUUCCACUAAAUAUCCCUCA